UCCAUCCCAGGAAACUUGCCUACUGAAGGCGUUCCCUUGCCCUCCUGGGAUGCGCCCCAGCUGCCUCCAUGUCUGCAGGGCAGGAAGAGCAUCACUGCUUGGUGUAGUGUGAGAGCUGAGUUUGUACCCAGGGCCCUUCUGAGCACAUCCCCUCCCUGAGCAUCCCCAGGUCUGUUCAGGGUCCUGCCAGGCCUCACUCCCUGCGGAGCUGGGGGAAGUUUCCUUGGCUCCCCAAUGGUGCUGGAUUUGGUUUCAGGCUGAGGAGGCCCUUGGGGAAUGGCAGGGGAGGUGUGCUGAAGCCCUAAUGCCAGGAGGAGAUGUACCACCUCUGAACCAGGGAAGGGUCCCAGCCUGGAGGGAGCUGUUUUCUACAACUCUCUUUCCCUCCACAGCACAUUGGUGAGGGCUCCUCACUGCAGCACAGUCUUCUUGGCCAGGCAGGGGAGGCCUGUGUGUCUGUCCCCUUCCAACAUCCAAGUCUCUCCCCACAGCUGACCCUACCCCACGGUCAGAUCUCCCAGGAGGAGGUCUGUGGGCUCUAAGGUCUGUAGUUCUGUCCCCAGUCCAUCCUGAUGCAAGAGGUUCUUCCUUUCCAGGUGCAGGACAGUUCCCCCUGCCUGAUCUUGUUCUACUGUGGGGAAGAUCCAGAUGUUCCAAGGACUUUCAGGAGCUUGAAUUCCUGACAGAAAGUCCUGACAGUAAAGAAUAAGAACAAGAAGCCUUUGAGUAUCUCCAGCUUUCCUGUAUCCCUUGCCCUCAGGGAAGGUGCCCUGUUCACCACUGGGCCUGCCUUUGGCCAAGCCCCUCUUUGCUGAUGACUUGCCUGGAGAAGACCUUCUUGUUGCCCUCCAUGUGCUUGGUCGGAUUCAAUCAGUGCCAGGUGGGCUUUGGCUUUCCUAACCCCACCCUGGAUUCUCAGCCUGUCAAACCUCCUCCCCAGAGCAAAGGGCACCAAGAGGAAGAGCCCUGGAACCACUGGCACAGCCUGGCUGCCUGGAGGUGCCACAGCUCGUGAUGUGUGGGGAGAGGUGAGAGAGAGGGAAGAGAGAGAAGUGAGUGACAUGUCCCCAAAACACAGCUUUUGGAUGCUCUUCUGAACGUGUGCAGUGAGGGACAGACCUGGGCCUCUUCCUGCAAAGGGUAUUGCAAAGAGUUGCUUUUCACUGCCCCAAGACAACACCUCCGGCACUGAGGAGACAACUUCUGCCUCCACUGACAGGAUUCUGCCUGGGACAUCCUUUGGCUUCCCAGCACAGGACAUGAAAGGAUCCUGCAAAGCAGGACAGGAAUGCCAGAAAUGAGGAAAUGAAAUGGCAGCGUAGAUGGAAACAAAACCUGAAUCUGUGCCAUUGCACUGGAUAGUUUGCUUUGGAGAUGAGUCUGUUGGAAAAUUACUGCCCUGGUGCAGCGACUGUGGGCCUGGGGCAGUGCAGGAGCAGUAUAAAAGCAGGCUCUUCUCCCUACUCCCACAUUCCCUCCACUCGCCUCCAUCUCCUUGGGAACAAGGUGAGUUUGAAGCCCAUUCUCCAUUUUCUCCUCUGGCAUUUCACAGCACAGACCUGUCACUUUGUCCCGUGGGGGGUCUUGGAAGUGCUUGUGGUGGGGGAGGGAAAGAAGGAGGGUGUGUAACUGCUGAGUCUUGGCCAAAGCGUCCCCACAGCUCUGGGCUAGUUGGGGCCCUUGCUGGGCUUGAGCUGCUGCUGGGCUUUGUCUGAGGGGAAGAACUUGUGAGCCUCCAUCAACAGCCUUCAGCUCUCCUUUCCAACUCAGGCCUUGGGUCCCCUGUGGUGGGGUGAGAGGCUGCUCCUCACCCAUCUACCCUGCUCUGCUUCCCCUGCCCUCUGUCCCAGGUGCAGCUCCAGCCCCAGACAUGUCCUGCUACACCCCGUGCCGGCCCUGCCAGCCCUGCGGCCCGACCCCGCUGGCCAACAGCUGCAAUGAGCCCUGUGUCAGGCAGUGCCAGGACUCCAGUGUCUUCAUCCAGCCCUCCCCCGUGGUGGUGACCCUGCCCGGGCCCAUCCUCAGCUCCUUCCCACAGAACACCGCCGUGGGAUCCUCCACCUCCGCUGCCGUUGGCAGCAUCCUCAGCUCUCAGGGAGUGCCCAUCAACUCCGGGGGCUUUGGCCUCUCUGGCCUGGGCAGUGGCCUCUGUGGCAGGAGCUGCUUCCCCUGCUAAAGCUGCUCCCUGCUCUGGGCUCUCCCCUUGGAUCCACCUCUCUUCCCUCCCUUGACUCAUUAAAUUCUGCUGCAUCCCAGCCCACGCCUCCGUGUCAUCCU